UUGAAUUCGAACACACAAAGCUAACAUGGAAGGUCAAUCAAUAACAGUGCUUAUGGAAGCAUCAGAAAUGAAAUGAACUUCCCAUUCUGAUACAGAAUCUGUUAGGAAUUAUUUUUUAUUUCGCAUUCAGUUCCACACGAACAAUCGCAGUUAACUCAACUUUGCAGAAGAUGUUUACGCAAAUUUUUUUUGCUUGCUUUAAUUUAGUAAUAAAUUUUUGAGUCAUGUCAUCAGAUUGCGAACAACAAAAUUCAAAAAUCAAAGUGAUUGUGAAAAUCCCAAAGCAACAAAAUCUUGAAGUUCUUUGUCAUAAUGAAGAUUCCGUGAUGUCUCUGAAAAAUGAAAUUUUUCACGCCCACGGACUUUUUAGUAAUUUCUAUAAAUUACAUUUCUUCGGUCAAGAGCUCAAUAAUGAUAUAAAUGCACUUAAGGAUUAUGGAAUUCAAGACGGAAGCAUCGUAAAAUUAACGUUCUGGAAUGAACCACAAACCGUCCUUAAAAAGAUCUUCAGAUUAACCCAACAA